AUGCCGCCGGCGACGGCGCUGAUGGACGAUGUGGUCGUGGAGAUCCUGCUCCGCCUCCCGCCCGACGAGCCCGGGUGCCUCGUCCGCGCCUGCCUCGUCUCCAAGCCCUGGCGCCGCCUCCUCACGGGUAACGCUUUCCUCCGCAGCUACCGCAAGUUCCACGGGGCACCGCCCAUGCUGGGAUUCCUCCACCGCCUCUACGACGAGGAUCCCUGCGUCGCCCGAUUCGUCCCCACCGCGAAGUCCUUCCGCCCGCCACGCACCGACCGCCGCUGCUGGUACGCACUCGAUGCCCGCCAUGGCCGAGCCCUCUUCUACGAUUCAGAAUCAGAACAGAAGCCUGCUGAGUUCGUCGUCUGGGACCCCGUCACCGACGGGCACCGGAGGAUUCCCCUUCCCGAGACCCCCAAGUCCUGGAACGCGGCGGUGCUCUGCGCCGUAGAUGGCUGCGACCACCUCGACUGCCAUGGCGACGACCCCUUCCUUGUGGCAUUCGUGGGCACCGACAAGGAGGAGGGGAUCUGGAUCACGUCCGCGUGCUUCUACUCGUCGGAAGCGAGUUCAUGGAGCAGCACGAGCUUUGUUGAGCAUCCGGAUGCUUCCAUCGAGAUGCAGCCAAGCGCCCUCUCGGGAAACGCAGUCUACUUCCUCUGCGAUCCGAGCACGCGAAUUCUGCAAUGCGACUUUGUUGGCGAGAGGAAGCUAUCGGUGAUUGACCGGCCGGACGUGCAUGAGAAUAACAUCGUCCUCAUAACAGCGGAGGACGGCACACUGGGAUUUGCAGGCGUGCAGGAAUCCAGCAUCUACCUCUGGUCCAUGGAAGUCGAUCCCGAUGGAGCUGCAGCGUGGGUACAACAUCGUGUCGUCGACCUCGGGAAGCUGCUCACCUCUCGCGCCCUCAUGAUCACGCCCGAUGUGAGUGGUUUCGCCGAAGGCGUCGGUGUCAUUUUCGUGAGGACUAUUGUUGGCCUGUUCACCAUCGAGCUCAAGUCCGGCCGAGUUUACAUUUAUGCCUGCUCGAGUAAAUGCCAUUUCAACGUGUCCUGUGCUGUAGAGGUACCGUUUUCUCUGAAUAUAUUGAUGUCAAAGUCAUCAGAAAGCUGCAUGUUAAUUACUCGAGACCACUAUGGGGAGAAUUGCAUCAAGAUGAGGAAGAGGAGCUCUGCUCUAGCAGUAGAAAUGGAACUGCUGCUCCAGAUCAAGGAUUACAAAUGA